CAUUAGAUUAGAAAUUUCGUUUAUUGUUGCCAAAAAUGUGCUCAACUGGGAUAUUCGUUUUUAGUGUAGUUUUUAUAAGCAGUGCAAUAUCUAAACCUCCCAAACCAAUAGUAUGUGAUAUAGAUGACCACAGAUGCCUAACAGAAGGUGCCGAAAGAUCAUUCGAAGAGUUUAUCAGAGGUAUACCUGGAGGUGUACCGGUAGAUCCUUUACGUCUAGAAUAUUUUGAAGCAGAUCUUCCAACGAUAUCAUAUAAAUUAAUAGGAGCCUCACUCACUGGUAUGAGUGAUUGCAAGGUGGAGUUAGUAAAAAUAUAUAGCAAAGAAAAUAAGUACAAAUAUCACGUUUGCUGUCCACAUCUUAUUUUACAAUCAAAAUGUGAAUUAAAAGGAAAUAUAGGUCCUCAAUACGCCGAGGGCAAAGGAUCUACGUGCAGAGUUGACCAUUAUGACUACAAUUUCUAUUUCAAUGGUGACACUUACAGAAAAGUUAGGCCUAACAAUAAAAUUCAUCUCGAAUUGUUAACUAGUAAUCUGGAAAUUGAAGCCAAAGGGAGAGUAGUUUAUGAAAUUAAGAACUUAUUCAAUGGAAAUAAAGAGAAAACUGCCGCUGUACAGGACUUUUUGAACGAACACUGGCAGUUUGCGGAUAAACUAUUUCGUACAACAACGAUGGAAGCUUUCAUGAAGAAGUAUAUCAAACAUGUCAACAGUUACCUUAGUAAAGUACCCAUGGAUGAUAUAUUUUAUCAAGAUUAGUAUAGUUCAUCAUCAUCAUCAUCAGUCGGUAGAUACGCAUUACUGAACAAAGGCUCUUAAAAAUUCAAACAUUUUGGAACUCUUAUCCAAGUUUGCUUUUGUUUUGAUUAAUUUUAUGCAGAAUAACUCAAAAAGUGUGAGAAUAAAGUAACUAUCAAAUCUAAUGUGUGUUUUCUUUCUGGUUAGGAAAGUUAGCGAAUAAAAUAAAGUUUUUAUUAAUGAUUUUUUA